AUAUACCGCUGUGUAUUAUAGAUCGCAUGCGCGUGUUUACGAUUCAAGAUGGCGGACGAGAAGGGAGAGGUGUUGACCAUCCUUGAACGACGAAUCGACGAGCUAGAAUCAAAAGUUUUAAGCAAUGAAGAAGAUUUGAAGAAAUUUCAAAACGAAUCGUGCUUAGAUACUCUGGUACGAGUUCAAAAUGAACUACAGCGGUUGCCUACGAAAUAUUAUCGAAUAUCAGAAACAUGGAAAAAGAUAAAGGAGCUGGAGAACUAUCUAUCCACAGAGUUCCUGGAGAGAGUUGCAUUAAGUGAUGACGUCAAGGCAGAUAUCAUCAUGGCAGGUGAAAACCAGUUGCAAUCAUGCUGUGAAAAGCUUCAUGAAAUCGAGGACCUCAAAAAAAUUGUGAGCACAGAACCACUGAAAGAUCUUCCUACCUUGUCUUCCAAGAUGCAGCCAUUGAUUGAAGUUCAAAUCAACCACCAGGAAGAAACAGAACAUACAAGUUCACAACUUAACAAGCUUCUUUCUCAUUACAACAAUAUUGUUUCCAUGUUAUCAAAGCAAUUCAUUGAAUGGGAUAAUAUCUUAACAAGAAUGGAAGUAGAUCUGGACACCAAACCUUUAGAAUAAAUUAUUCAUCAAAUAUCCAAGCCUUAUAACCUAGUACUGUAUAGCAGAGUACAAACACUAUAAGUGUG